CGUGGAUGAAACAACGCCAACGAACUGCUGCUUCAAACUAAAACUAGAUCUUUUUUACACAGAGAGCAAGAGAAACACUCAUAUUCUGCAACCACUCUGUCUCUCUCUACUUUCUCUGAUUGAAUGGCAUCAACAUGUCUUUCUUUCUUCUGUUCAUCAAAUUCUACUUUGAAUUCUUGUUCAUUGUUCAAUUCAUCAUCAUCUAUUCGAUUCAAUUCAGUAAAGAAGAAUUCAAGAGUUUCAUUAAGCAGUAGAGUUGGUCCAGUUGUAUUCAAAGAUCUCGAUGCAGAUGAUAUUCGGCACCCCCUCGAUAAACAAAAUACUUUGAUAUUGAAGGCAAUUCCUGGUUUAAAUGAAAUCGUCAAGGCCCUUGUAGGAACUGUGGCCGAGCAAGUCAUGAUUCUUGAGAAUAUAGGAACAUCAGUUCUUGUUGCUGAAAACCAGCUUUCGGAUCUUCAUAAAUUAAUGGUUGAGGCUGCCGAGGUACUGAACAUUGAGGCCCCUGAUCUCUAUGUUCGCCAAAAUCCUGUACCAAACGCAUAUACUUUAGCUGUCAGUGGCAGAAAGCCGUUCGUUGUAGUCCAUACCAGUCUUGUAGAGCUUCUCACACGAAGGGAGCUGCAGGCAGUUUUAGCUCAUGAGCUGGGUCAUUUGAAGUGCGACCAUGGUGUUUGGCUAACACUGGCGAAUAUUCUUACCCUUGGAGCGUACAGUGUACCUGGUUUUGGCGGAAUUAUUGCCCAGAGAUUGGAAGAACAGCUCUUCCGCUGGCUCCGAGCUGCAGAGCUUACUUGUGAUCGUGCAGCCCUUGUUGUUGCUCAAGACCCCAAGGUGGUCGUCUCUGUUUUGAUGAAAUUGGCAGGAGGAUGUCCGUCUUUGUCUGAUCAACUCAAUGUGGAUGCAUUUUUAGAGCAAGCUCGUUCUUAUGACAAGGCUUCUUCAAGCCCAUUCGGGUGGUAUAUAAGGAAUGCUCAAACAUCACAGUUAUCACACCCUUUGCCUGUUCUACGUGCUCGUGAGAUUGAUGAAUGGUCGAAAAGUCAAGAGUAUAAAUCCUUAUUAAGCCAUGCAAGACGGAUAAGUUCUGCACAAAAAGUGUAAACAAACAUAUAUAGCAAUAUACGGAAGUUGGACUGCAGCUUGAUACGGUAAAGUGGAAAACGGAGAAACGCAGGAGAUUCUCCUCUAGGCUCAAAUUACUGUAGAUACAAUACAAAUACUUCAACACAACUGUCAAGUUUCAAGUAUAAAUGAUUGGUAAAGCAGGGAUACUGUUGUACAGAUCCAGUCCAAACUCUUCUACACAUAUUUGACGAUGCAUACUUUUCAUCUUGUGAAAUUAUAUGCGUAGUAUUUUCUCUUUCUUAUUUUGGUACAACACAGUUUAUCAGAAAAUUAAGAAACCUAUUAUAGAGGCUCCAAACAUUGGGUUUUGAGGGCUCACAAGAUGAUAAAAUUGAGUUAUGAAACAAUAACCCAUAUCCAACUAUUUUUGUAAUGAUUAAAAUACCCUCCAUGAAUUAUAAAAUUAAAUUUAUUAUC